GUUGCUGAGAGAUUUCAAAGGAGUAUUGUUGUCUUGAAAAGUGAAUACUUAUGACAGAAGGUGGACCGGUUGAAUUGAAUCGAGCGGAGAAUGAUUAGGUGCUAAAUUGGCAGACAGGUGUAUAUACAAAAGCAAAACAUUUUCAGAUGUUGCGUUCGUGAACACGAAACGAUGAAAAACAAGAAAGAAAACAAUAUCACAGCAAUGGGAAAACGAAUACUCAUUGUGGCAUCAGUUUUAAUGGUUUUAGCCGGACUUGUAGGAAUGCUCUUGGAGGUACACAAGAUGUCACAGGACACCGAUCUCACUCUCGUCAAGCACGACAUCGUCGGGGACUAUGAUGAACUUUAUGACGAGUAUUUUCCUCGUCACUAUCAUGCCACAGGACUCCUCACUCUUCCAUUCGAUGAUAUCGUGGAGCCUUUUGAGGCGUGGUUUGCUGGGGACAGGAAUAUGAGUAGAAUUGACUAUUAUUAUGGUAUGGACAAAACAAUUCAACGCGGAGACCUCGGUAAGCAUGGCAUCUUGUUUAAGAUCGUACCUAUGCACUCCGAGAUGAAGCCUUCCAAUAAGGACUUCAUGAGCUGCUGGUACAAACCAGUUCCAAAAUGGCUUCCGCGUGCAGGACAGAGCGUUAUACCUACAAAUCUGUCGGAGUUUAAGUUUGUUUCCGAGGAAACGCAUCGCGGAAUGCCAUGUUUUAAAUACGAGAGAAAAUACAAACGUUACAAUAAAAGCAAUGUAUACAGCUUUUACGUAACCAAAAACACACCCCACAGACCUCUGCGAUACGAGAUGGUGGGCUAUGACGACAUGCUGACGUCACAUUACGAUCACUACGUGUUGGACUAUAUAUCAUUCGAGCCUUGGAGCUUUAACAGAUCCUUGUUAAGUUUGCCGAAAAACUCGAGCUGCGACAAGAAAGCGAAGAAAUUACGUUCGCACUAUUUAGCGAAUCCUAUGGCGGAAUACAUGCACUUCAAACAUCACAAAGAUUACGAGCUCGACAAGACUUACGAUGACUACAAGGCAACACAUGGCAAGCAUUACACAACUGCACCGGAACACGAGCGACGAAAACAUAUCUUCAAACACAAUCUCAGAUACAUUCGCUCGAAGAAUCGUGAGAACCUGAAUUACAAAUUAGCUCCAAAUCACAUGGCUGACAUGACAGAACAGGAAGUGAAUUUACACAAAGGAUUACUUCACGAAAAGAAACUCAAGAAAUCCAAGUCUAAUACGUUGGCGUUUAACGAGUCUGUUGUACAUACAGAUCUCAUUCCACAUCAACUGGACUGGAGAGAUUACGGUGCUGUGACUCGUGUUCAUAGUCAAGGUUUGUGUGGAUCAUGCUGGACAUUUUCUGCUCUUGGAGCAGUGGAAGGAGCUCAUUUUUUGAAGACUGGAGAGCUCCUCGAACUCUCAAACCAGCAAUUGAUUGACUGCUCGUGGCCCGCAGGGAAUCACGGAUGUCGUGGAGGAUUCCAGGACAGGACUCUGAGAUGGGUGAAACGUAAUGGAGUGACUUCCAGGAGAGAUUAUGGUCCUUACCUUGCACAGGAAGGCUUCUGUCAUUGCGGUAAAUCAGAUAACUGUACCUUCACUCACAUCAGCGGGUUUUCUAAAGUAAAGAAGAACAAUUCUGACGCUCUGAAGGUCGCCUUGGUCACUCAUGGUCCCAUUGUGUCCUCGAUGAACUCGGACCAAAAGACUUUUAGGUUUUACAGCCACGGAAUUUACGAUGAUCCAAAAUGUGGAAAGAAGACGAAUCAUGCUGUAUUAACAGUGGGCUAUGGUGCCGACGACAACGUUCCGUAUUGGAUCAUUAAAAAUUCUUGGGGACACCUCUGGGGUGAUGACGGUUACAUCAAGAUUGCCAUGAAUCAUGACAGAUGUGGAUUGACGAAUGGACCUUUGUUGGCCAUCAAAAAAGAUUCGUCUAUCGCCGAGUUUCCGCUGAAAACACUAAACAAGGUUCCUAGACAGAGCAUAACGUUCUAUUCCGAAGAGGAAUUGAGCAUUAUUCCAUUCUAAGCAACAUGGAAAGUCUUACAUCAAAGUGUGGAGACCCAGAGUAUUAAAGUACUUUUCAUCCACAACCAACUGGUAGAUACGAGGAAUUGAUCAAGCCUUUAAAAAUCAAGUUUGGCAUCGUGAGGAUAGAAAGAUCUAAGCUGGAGCAUAAGGUUUCCCUCUAGAAAAAUAGUUGACGACCCUUCUCAGGGAUGCAAGGAUGACGAAAAGCGUCUCGAUGUCGUCAUACCUCCCGUGUGGUUCUGCCGAGUCAGCGCUAAGUACCGGCUGUUUGUUCUGAUUAGCGAAGAAAUUCUUAGAAAUAACUUAGGUGCGGUUAGUUUUUCCUUAGGCUGCACUACAGUUUUUUUCUAACUUUCACAAAGUCAUGUUACUGUAAAUAGGCAAAAAUAAAAUUUAUUAGGUUUGGUUUACAAAGAAA